CAGAGAGUGCUUGUCUUCUAGUGAUUAAAGCCAUACAAUUUAAGGUGAUAGGAUUGCCAGAGGGGACAUGUUCACUGACAAUUUAAUAAUGAGGGUUCAAUGUGUACUGUUGAGAUAGGUCUCUUUGUCAUAUAUGUGGAGAGAAGCAAUUGGUUGAAGAGCCCAGAUACACAAAAAAUGAAAGUGUAUUUCCCAGGUACUAUGUUUUUCCUUAUAUAGAUAUUCUGUUUCUAAAGCUAGCUAGAAGAGCAAUGGAGUCUCCCCUGGCUCUUGGAGGUGCAGAAGAACAGAGCGGGAGUGGUGAGUCUGGGUGGACAAUAUAUAUUGGCUCCACCAUACCAAAUGAAAACGACAAGGGCAGAGAUAUUCAUGAUGAUGAUGAUGAUGAUGAUGGUGGUGGGAGUGAAGACUCUAUGGCUUCAGAUGCCUCUUCCGGUCCAAGCCACCAUGAUCAACUACUUCCAUGCGGAAAGGGUGAGGGAAGUAGUGGCAACAUGGGUCAUAUUAUGAAGCAUGCACAAGAUGAGGGAAAUAGCAAGUAUUCCUCAGAAAAGAAGCCACGCAAACAGGUGAAGAAAAAAGAUGAAACAAGAGUCAAAGAAGAAAAAGGACAAUCUGUGUACAGGGCAGAAAGUGCUGCAAGCCAAGUCUCAAUUAGUGGAGCCAAGCAAAGAAAAACCAAGAUGAUGCUCAAACAAGACUAGUGUAUUCUAGCUGCUCAUUUUUCUCCUUACAAAGAUUGCGUCGUUUUGUAUCCAUUAAAUCUUCUCGGGUGACUAAAGGGCAGAUGGCAGCUCAUGCAUAUCUGUCUCCCGCUUCCAACUUUUCAGAGUUUAUGGUGAACCAAGAUAGCAGGUAGGUUAGCUGGCAAAUGCACUUGUACGUUAUCUGUGACAUGUAUGCACGAAUAUGUUUUUUUUUUUUUUUUUUUUUUUUCAAUGUCUUAGUAGCAUGAAUAAAAAAGCAAAAAGGGGUAGUAGUUACAAUUUAGUGAAGGUUAACUAGUUAUGGCAGAUGAAAAAUUCUGCAAUAUUUAUGCUUGAUGAACUUCCAAAAAAGAUCAGAAAUUAGAAGCCAACUAUUUAUGAUAUAUUUAGCUAUUUAUGUGUGUU